GGCGUUGUCAUCGAGAUGUGUCCUUGGUCUGAGCUCGGGGAGGAAUGAGCAUGCAGUUCAGACUGGAGAGAAUCAGAGUGCAGACGUUCACAGCAGACUCUGGACUUCACGAAUAUCAGCUGAAAAAAAAUGUGGGUGAAAAUGUGCAUGUCAACAGUACUGUUUGGCCUAGCCCACUUCAUGAGUCUAUUGGCUGCAGCUGUGAUGAGUCAUGAGGGGGCGUGUCUGCAGGACGGGAGACACAAGGCCACGCCCAGUCCAGAGCCCUAUCUGAAGGAGUGUUCCCUCUACAGCGAGAAUUCAUGUUGUUCAGAGUUUGAUAUCCAGGAUCUUUCUGGUUCUUUGUCCGGUGUGGAGAACUCUUUUUGGGAUGAAUGUGGUCUUCUGAGCCCUCUCUGUGAGUCUUUCCUGAGGCGAGUUGUUUGUUUUUAUCGCUGUUCACCCGAUGCUGCUCGUUGGCCACACCCACAUCAUGACUCCUCCCUGAAGGCGGUGCCUCUGUGCCACAGCUUCUGUAGAGAUUGGUACGAGGCCUGUAAAACAGACAUGACAUGUGCUCGAGACUGGACCACUGAUCCACAUGGACAGAACUGCACUGGUAGCUGUGUACCAUAUCAACAGAUGUAUCAGCAUGGGCGAGAUCUCUGUGAGAGUCUUUGGAGCGACGCUUUUAUGAUCGUCGAAGAUGAUCCUGGAGAGGAAGACGGAGUUGAAGGUCAUAGCUGUGGCUGUCUGACCCUUAGCCCCUCAGAUCGGGAGGUAAUCGCAGCCCUGAGGGUUCAGGAGAAUGACCCAGAAGAACUGGACACCACUAAGAGUGCCGUGCGGCAGUACCGAGCUCCCUGCCCCCCAACGCAGCCUCAAACUCACAGCAUCACAGUGCCACCACAGGCCCGGAGGAGCAAUGACAACACAGUGCUGAGGAAACGCUCCGUACUGGCAAGUGAUACGGAGGGCAGCGGAAGCGGUUUCUAGAACCCGUCUGUUCUAGAUUGGUUUUCUUGAUCUGCUGAAUGUUUUUAAUGUUGUGGAAUACAGCAUAAAAACUUCUAUAAAAUAAAAAAUUAGGUCAGGCUUUGACAGUUCUCUGAAUAACUCAACCCCACACUAACCCAUUCAACUUUAUCUUUGAGCAUAUCAUUUACAUAUAUCAAACUGUUGAUUUUAAAGAAAACUAGUGUUCUAAGAUUUUCACAGUUAUUCUACAGUCUGUAUGACAUAGUCAGCUAGGAAAUCCUAUUUAUGCUACAGUGUUCUGGGUGGUUGUUAGGGUAUUCUGGGUAGUUACUAGGUGGGUGCUACUGUUAAAAUACUGUCAAAGAGUCCUUCAGACAGACAGUCAUUCUGUCAUAUGGCUCGGGUCCCCCCUUCAAAGUAAGGCUAGGGGAAUUUUUCACAAUUUUAUCAUCCGCUAGAUUAAAAUGAUAAGUUUAAUUAUUUCGUAAAUUAAUAGCAUACUUCUCCACAUGAUUUGAGCUAUCAUUUAUGUCCGUAGCACAAACAAUGCAGGAAGAGUUAAACAAUGAAAUGUUUGGGGUUUGUUUAAAUUAAUUACAGUAGUGAUGCUGGAUCAACUUGUAGAUGUAACACACACUCUCUUGAUAUUACAAACACGCUGAUCUGCAAAUCAUAUCUGUGUGUUGUGUUCAUAUUUUAUGUAGGUGUCUUUAAAGGGUGUUUUAGUGAAAAUACAGCUAUGGUUCUGCUUUCAUGUAAUAUUUCUUGAGCUCUGCUGUCUGCAGAAUAUGAGUACAACGCUGGAGGACAGUAAAGCUGAGAAAUACUGUGAGAGAAUACUGGAAUAUUUUUUUUUUUUUUUUUUUUUUGACUAGCAGUGUCUCAACUGGCAGAUUAUCUAUUUGCAUGUAUACGUGAGGAAAUUACUGUUUAAAGUUCUGUGGCUGCUAUGAGUAAAAAAAUGUUUUCUAAUCUGAUCUCU